UAAACACCACAAAAUGGCUGGCUGCAAUUUUUUUUCGUCAUAAAAUUCCAAAAAGUAAAACUUUAGGGAUAAAAAAAUGAUUACAAAAAAAAGCUGUGGUUGUUCCUUGUUUCCUGUGAAAUGUUUUAUAGCAAUUGUUUUUUAUCUUAGCGGUUUUUAACGACUAUUACAAAAUUGUGUUUUAAUCGUAUAAGCGAACGAUAUUGUUAUCUCGAAUGUGUGUGUAUAUAAAUAUGAAUUUAUUAAUCAAAUCUAGCAAACUUGGUCAUCGUUUUUCGCCCAUAGCCGUAUCAGCUACCCUUUCAACUAAUAGAUCACGAAUAAUGAAUUGAAACUACUUUGAUGGAUAUAAUUCUGCCGGAAAAUGUAUUCGAUUUAAGAUUAGAAUCGCGUAGUGAUUCGGCUACAAAUUUAUUCGCUUGUUUGGGACCGGAAAACAUGAGCGAUAAUGGUAUUCAAGCUACGUUAAACGAUACGGAUGCUGACACUGUUGACGAACACGCCGACCAAACUGAAUUACUUUCUAGUACCGUAGAAACUACCGCAGAAGACUUUAACACCAGAGAACUAUUUCAAUCCGGUACCGAAGACGAUAACGAAACGCAGAUUUCUUCCGAAACUCGAGUCAACGAAUUUUUACCAACUAUAAUCGAUAUUCGUGGCGCUUGUGACGAUUCUUCGAAUCCAGAAACUUCGCGAACUAAUGCGGUUGAUGAAACUAUCGCUGCAAAUGAAAAUGAUGUAGCGUGCGUUAUCGAUGACGCUGACGGUGCUGAUACUCAUACGAUUAGCGACACCGAAGAACCUUCCAAUUGUGAUAAUACUAAUAAUAAAUCGGAUACGAUUUUGAAUUCGAACGUAGUAAUUAAGCAAGAACCACGCGACGAGGACGUUGAUAACGAUUGCAUGUUGGUCGACUCGAACGAUAUUGGUACUUGUUUCACUUCGGAAAUUGAAAUCAAAGAAGAACGAAUCAACGAGGAUAAUGAUGAUGAAGUUUACUGCGUAGAAACCACUUCAAAGAUACCUUUACCAAUACCGAUUAAAAUCGAAGCCAAUUUAGAUAACGAUAACGAGGUAUCCCCAUCGAAGCCGGUAAAAGCUAAAAAAUCAGGCAAAAAAACCGACUCUAGCUCAUCAAGCUCUAAAAACACGUCGACCAAGUUGUAUUCGUCCGCAUAUAGGUGUCAUCUGUGUAAUACCACGUUUCAAGAGCACGAGUUGCUCAACGAGCACAUGAAAUUACACCGAAACAAUAGUCUGAUCGAGCGAUACAAUAAAGUAUACGGCACUAAAACAACGCGUAAAAACUCCAAAUACAUCUGCCGUACUUGCGGAAAACGUUUAAGCACCGGACAAUCGCUUACGCAGCACAUGAUGAUUCACAAUAACGAAAAACCUCACGUUUGUCCAAUUUGUAAAAAAGAUUUCAGACAUCUGUCCAAUUUCAAAAUGCACGUACAGAAGCACAAAGAGGAGGACGAGCAACGACGUAGACAACGUGAAAAGCAGAAACAAAUGGCCAAAGCACCCCCUUUACCGUUACCAGCGCCGGCUGAUAGAAGUGUCGCUCGAUCGGCCGAUUUCGGUAGACUAGUCGGGCCUUUAUUCGUUAAAGAAUCUUUGCUGAAGGGUUCUUCGUCUUCGGAAAUCUCUCGACCGAUGAUUACGCCUAAAACCGAGUACCGUAAACCGUUCGAGCUGAAAUAUACGACGAAACCGUCACGACACGAAAACGCUAAAGAGAAUUUGAUAUAUUAUAAAAAGAUAACGCCAUCGUCGACGUCUUCGUACGACGAGAAGUAUUCUCGAGCGAGAAAAUUCAACGACGAUAUCGGCGACGACGUUAUACCAUUGAAGACUUUCAACAACGUCGAGAAUAUCGUCAUGAACGCUACUAAAUUAAUCGUUAAAGUGGAUAACUUGGAUCCGAAUUUACUUAAGAAGAAAAUCAAAACGCCGGAUAUAAGUAUAGAUAAAUCAGCUACUUCUGUACAUAAUGUGACCGCUGAUCGUAAACGUAAAAUACAAAUUUCACCUUCGUCCGAAGGCGCUAAACGUUUAAAAAUAGAUCAGAUCGAGAAUAUCAUUAUGGAUUCCGGCGAUGCGACUUCGGCGUCUGCGCUAGAUCACGCAGACGAUAACGAAUCCAACGAUAAUUUUGAUUUUCCGUCGUAUUACGACGACGACGACGACGAUGACGUUGGUGCCAGUAGCGCUGGUCCAGCCAAACAAGAAACUUUAACCACCAAUGAAUUAUUCGAAUUGCUUAACGACGAUCGUGAUAGUAGAGAUGCGUCUACAGAUCACCAAACCACGAGUCCUACAAAAACAAGUUCUCUAGUCGCCGACGAAUUAGCCAAAAUUGUUUCCUCUCCGGUGAAAUCGACGCCACCUAAAUCAUCCAACGUGAUCGUAUUGAAGAGCCCGUCGCCUCGUAAACCUGUAGCAUGUAAACCGUCGCCAAUUCCUGUAGUUAAUCCACCUGUUCCAGGAUCGUCGAUACGUGAAUCUGCGGCGAAACCUCAAACACUGGUAGAAACUCCUGCUCGAAUGCUAGCUUCACCUUUGCGUUCGGUUAAAAGUAUCGAUUUAACCAAAGAUACUCCUCCGAAGGAGGCGCAAAAUAAAGCGAUGAAUUUAAUCGACGAUGACGAUGCGGACGAAGAUGAUAUGCUAGUGGAUAAAUGUGAUAUGUACGAUAACGCUUUUCGUAACGUUGCCUUGAGACGAUUAACGUUGAUUCGCAAGAAAGCAUCUCAAAACGGAGGUAAAGUAGAAAACAAAUAUCUACUUGGUCCGUUGUUUUGGCGCAAAGCUCUGCGUAAAGCUCAACGUAAUCAGUUGACCAGAGAACCGGCUAUGACGUUGCACGAGGCGAAGCUCGCGUAUAAACGUAUGAACGCGAUGAAAUUCGGUAAACAAGACACACGCCGGACGAACGAUCCAGCUAAAUUACAGCAGAGAGCUGAGCUCAAAUUACAGUAUAUUUUGGGUCGUGUGAAAGUCAUGAGCGAUGUGAAUCAUCUCAAUCUAGCCGGACCUUUGUUUUGGAAACGUACUCUGAAGUUGGCCGGUAUUCACGAUCCUAACGACUUGAAACGAUUACUAGUCGAUGACGGUCUAACCAUCAACGAUGUUGAAUUCGUCACCACCAAAGUUACUGAACCGUCUUCCGUCGAAUCGUCGACGACAUCGACGACAAUUAUACCUACGCCGACCGCUGACAUGAACGGCGAUGUGACGAUAAUCGACGAUGACGACAGCAGUAAUAGCAACAGUAUAGCUAACGCCAUCACCUCUAUCGCCCCCUCAGUUGCUGUUAUCAACACGAAUAUUAAUUCUGUUGCUUCGAGUGUCCCUAGAAACACGCUCGUUAGUCUACCAUCGCCUUUGCUUUCAUCUUCGAUAUCCGAUUCGGAGGAAAAGUCACCUGUGGCGUUGACCGGAAGUGAUUUCUUAGAGAAUAUCGUCGUUCAGCGCAAACCAUCACAGCCUAUAACCAACGGCGGUCAUAAUAGUAUCGUAGACGGUAUUCUAAACGACGAUUUAUUGAAACCGAAAGUUUUAGAAAAACCAAUCAUAACGACGACUCCAGUCUUGACGAAAAGUUCGCCUUUAUCUUCUGUCCAAGUUCUGAAAACGAUCGCAGACAGUACCAAAGAACCGGUACAACGAACGGUAACCAAAGCUGAAAGCAUAUUGUACGAUAGUCUGACUAAACCUAGAGGAACGGCACCGUCCAUCGUGUCACCGACGAGUACUCGAUCUGCGGAAACUUUCGACGAUAUUUCGCGAACGAAACCCGAAUCGUGUUCUUUGCUAAAUACUUCGAAACUAAAACCCAGCAUGGGUCCGAUUAUUAAACGCAACACGCCCAUCGUCUCCGCCGCCACAACGGCGAGCAGAAGCCUUCUCACGUCGUCGACCAAUUGGACGACGAAUACGACAAAAAAGACGUCAUCUCGCGCUUCCACGUCGACAACUACGAGAAUAACGCGACAACUGUCGCCUCCACCGGUUCAAAGUAGACUGGCACCAGCUCUAGUGACUUCGGCGCCCGAAAUGGACAAUCGAGUCGUGUCGUUGAUUACGUCAUCGACGACCACGCCGUCUGCUCCGGCUUCGGCAGCCGUUUCAGUGGUCGCAGAUACCGCGGAACAUCAUCAAAUCGAAGUACCCGAUUCGACUACGGCUCUGGAAGCCGGUGGAAAUAUCAUAUUGAACGUCGACUCGGCCGAUUUCCAAUUGAUAGCCGAUUCUAAAAACGAAAAUGGCCAAGAGACCAAUUACGUUUUGGUAUCUGACGGUAACGGCGGCGUGCAGCUGAUCAAAGAAAACGAUUUUCGUCUACUCGAAGACGCCGGAGCUACCUCGAACGCGUCUCAUUACAUCGUCAACGUUCCGAACGAGGAAAAUUUCGGUAAUUUUGAUCUGAUGUCGAACGCUGCCGGUGGCGCCAACGGCGAACAACUCGCCUAUAUUCAACUGGAUAACGAAAACUUCACGACGCUGCAGUUCAUUCAAGACGCCGCCGACGUAGCGCUCGAAGAUCCGUUGACCGAUGCCGCCGCUGCCAUCGCUGAUAAGCAGAAAAUGAUAACCGGUGAAAAGAACGUCACGAUCGGCGGUACGAAUUACGUGAUUGCUGCUGAUCCUUCGGCCGAUCUCAACCACAUAGGCAAAGAGUUAUCGGAUUUUCUACAUAUCGAUUACGGAACUCUGUUGAAAAACGAUAAUCAGCAUCAGCAAACGUAACCCUGUCGCGGAUAAGUUCUGUCUCUGUAAUAAUGGUGUAGAUCGAUUCGUUCCGUGUUCGUGAGCCAAGAUGGAUUGUACUCGUAGAAAGAUGCAAAAGCGCGGCGAGUUCGUUCGAUUUUUAUUUUUUUAUUAUCCCUUUUUAUUCGAAGUUAUUGACAUUUUGUGCUAGAUAUGGGGUUUGUUCGACUACAUAGUAUUUGAUAUUGUCGUUUUAAAUUUUUAUUACGUACUUUUUACGUAUAUCUACGAUGUACUUGUGCAUACUUACGAUAGUGUUUUGGUUAUCAUAUUUCUAUGUGAAUAUUAUUUUUACCUGCAAUAUUUAUACAUUUCUUCCCCUCCCUCCUGUUUUUUCCCGAUGUUUUAAUAUUUUAUAAAUGAAUAAUUCGAUUAAAUUUAGAAAGAGUUACAAGAUUAUAAAUGACGCUUGGUUAAACUAGCGUUCGAGUGAUGUAAAUUAAUUUUUCCUUUUGUUGUAUUACUAUAAGCAGUAGAGAUUCUAGUUAUAUUUAUGAUUGUUGAAAUUUUUUUUUUUUUGAAAUUCGGGUUAAUUAUUGUAUGUAAAAAAAAUCGUAUUAUUUUACUAUAUAAAUGUAUUAUUGAAUUUUAAAGCAAAUUGUACAGAUCAUCUUUGAACGUAUAACUUCUGAUUGAUAUAUGUGAACAUUUUUAUUUUAUUACACUUAGGUACCUUCAA